GUGUACGGAGUAAUACUCUUCCGGUCUCUCGAGUCCUUAGCUCCGGCUCCGCCGGGCGUCUGUUCGUCGGCCCCUUGCCUCUCUCUUUCUCGCGCCUAGGCGGCCCAGUCGCCCGCCGCUACUGCCGGUUUCCGUCUUUCAGUCACCGGACGCCGGCUGAGUCCUGACCUUCAAUUCAACUUCUCAAACCCUAAUUUCGUCUUUGGGAGAAAUGGAGCAUGAAGAAGAAGAGAAGUAUGCAAGCUUCCUAAAAAAAGUGAAGAGAACAGUGUUUGUUGAUAACCUCUCACCCAUGGCCACCAAGGCUGUCCUAACAGCUGCCUUUAACCAGUUUGGCAGCGUCACUGAUGUCAGUUUACUCCCUAACUACCUCAACCUCUGCAAGGCAGCCCGAUCCGCUUUGGUGGAGAUGGAAACUGCAGAGCAGGCCGAAUCAAUCAUAUCUGAGGUGAGCAGUUCACCAUUCAUGAUCGCGGGGAUGCCAAGGCCAUUGAGGGCAUAUGCUGCACAGGUUGAGAUGUUUGAUGAGCGGCCGCCGAAACCUGGUGUGAAAUUACAAUACCAAUGGGUGGACCGUGGUAACCCUAACUACGGGUUAGCCAUGAAGAUGAAGGCUCUUGCUCAAGAACAUGCUUCUCAAGCUGAAUUUCUGAUGGAGCAUCAAGUAGAAGAGGAAGAAAAGCUGGCGAAGAAGCAGGAGGUGACGCUAAAGGCGAACUACAAGAAGUUUCAGCUGCUAGACAGCAUCACUGGGAAUGGGCAAAACGCAAUCGCUGAUCAGUUGGCGAGGCGUUACGGUCUGCUUAAUUGAGAGACUCAAUCGUUGAAUUGCGCGGUUCUCUCCUUAACUCCUCAUUAUUGGGUAGCUGAUUUGUGAAUAAGCUAAGCAGAGAUUUUAAGUAAUCUAGUAGUAACAUUUUGGGGCAAGUAAAAGUGUAAAACACAUUAUAAGGCACUCCACUCCAUUGAUGGGUUUUGCCUUUCCACUUGUCUGACUGU